AUGGUGUUGCUUUACUUCACAGAUAACUCUUCAUGUCCAGCUGACAGCUUCUUAGCUGAUUAUCUGAUUGAGAUUGAGAUUGAUGCAUCUGUCCUGGAUGCUUUGCAGAACAGUUUGGAGUUUUUAGUCUUUUUCAAUGACAGUUUUAACAAUUUCAGCUCAAUAAAUAUUAACAUCAAUGUCACUGACAUUAACCUCACUACAGUGUGCUAUGGGGAUGGCGCUGAAUAUCAGUGCAUGUGUGAGGAUGAAUAUUUCUGGCCGUGUGAAAAGUGCACACUAAAUGGGUCUUGUAAUAACAUCAUCAAUUCCUCAUGUGGAUGUCUGGAUUUACUUCCAUAUGAUGGAAACCUCUGCAAACCAAUCAAUGAGCUGCCAAAUAACUCUACAUGCCCAGUUGAACCGUUCUUAGCUGAUUAUCUGAUUGAGUUUGAGAUUGAUGCACUAGAUGGUACAGUCCAGAAUCUACUGAGGAACAUUUUGGAGGCAAACAAUUUACCCUUAAUAAACAGCAACAUCAAUAUCACUGACAUUAACAUCACUACAGUGUGCAAUUUGACUGGUACUGAAUAUCAGUGCAGGUGUGAGGAUCAGUAUUUCUGGCCGUGUGAAAAAUGCACACUAUAUGGAUCUUGUAAUAACAUCACCAAUGUCUCAUGUGGCUGCAUCAACGCUUUACCAAAUGAUGGACACUUCUGCCAACCAAUCAAUGAGCUGACGAAUAACUCUUCAUGUCCAGCUGACAGCUUCUUAGCUGAUUAUCUGAUUGAGAUUGAGAUUGAUGCAUCUGUCCUGGAUGCUUUGCAGAACAGUUUGGAGUUUUUAGUCUUUUUCAAUGACAGUUUUAACAAUUUCAGCUCAAUAAAUAUUAACAUCAAUGUCACUGACAUUAACCUCACUACAGUGUGCUAUUGGGAUGACGCUGAAUAUCAGUGCACGUGUGGAGAUAAAUAUUUCUGGCCGUGUGAAAAGUGCACACUAAAUGGGUCUUGUAAUAACAUCAUCAAUUCCUCAUGUGGAUGUUUGGAUUUACUUCCAUAUGAUGGAAACCUCUGCAAACCAAUCAAUGAGCUGCCAAAUAACUCUACAUGCCCAGUUGAACCCUUCUUAGCUGAUUAUCUGAUUGAGAUUGAGAUUGAUGCACUAGAUGGUACAGUCCAGAAUCUACUGAGGAACAUUUUGGAGGCAAACAAUUUACCCUUAAUAAACAACAACAUCAAUAUCACUGACAUUAACAUCACUACAGUGUGCAAUUUGACUGGUACUGAAUAUCAGUGCAGGUGUGAGGAUCAGUAUUUCUGGCCGUGUGAAAAAUGCACACUAUAUGGAUCUUGUAAUAACAUCACCAAUGUCUCAUGUGGCUGCAUCAAUGCUUUACCAAAUGAUGGACACUUCUGCCAACCAAUCAAUGAGCUGACGACUGAUUAUCUGAUUGAGUUUGAGAUUGAUGCACUAGAUGGUACGGUCCAGAAUCUACUGAGGAACAUUUUGGAGGCAAACAAUUUACCCUUAAUAAACAGCAACAUCAAUAUCACUGACAUUAACAUCACUACAGUGUGCAAUUUGACUGGUACUGAAUAUCAGUGCAGGUGUGAGGAUCAGUAUUUCUGGCCGUGUGAAAAAUGCACACUAUAUGGAUCUUGUAAUAACAUCACCAAUGUCUCAUGUGGCUGCAUCAAUGCUUUACCAAAUGAUGGACACUUCUGCCAACCAAUCAAUGAGCUGACGACUGAUUAUCUGAUUGAGUUUGAGAUUGAUGCACUAGAUGGUACGGUCCAGAAUCUACUGAGGAACAUUUUGGAGGCAAACAAUUUACCCUUAAUAAACAGCAACAUCAAUAUCACUGACAUUAACAUCACUACAGUUCUCCCAGCUGAUUAUCUGAUUGAGGUUGAGAUUAGUGCAGUAGACGUAACUGUCCAGAAUCUACUGAGGAACAUUUUGGAGAGAAGCAAUUUACCCUUAAUAUACAGCGACAUCAGUAUCACUGAUAUUAACAUCACUACAGUGUGCAAUUUGACUGGUACUGAAUAUCAGUGCAGGUGUGAGGAUCAGUAUUUCUGGCCGUGUGAAAAAUGCACACUAUAUGGAUCUUGUAAUAACAUCACCAAUGUCUCAUGUGGCUGCAUCAACGCUUUACCAAAUGAUGGACACUUCUGCCAACCAAUCAAUGAGCUGACGACUGAUUAUCUGAUUGAGUUUGAGAUUGAUGCACUAGAUGGUACGGUCCAGAAUCUACUGAGGAACAUUUUGGAGGCAAACAAUUUACCCUUAAUAAACAGCAACAUCAAUAUCACUGACAUUAACAUCACUACAGUUCUCCCAGCUGAUUAUCUGAUUGAGGUUGAGAUUAGUGCAGUAGACGUAACUGUCCAGAAUCUACUGAGGAACAUUUUGGAGAGAAGCAAUUUACCCUUAAUAUACAGCGACAUCAGUAUCACUGAUAUUAACAUCACUACAGGUAACUGA